CCGCCUUCACCGAAGCGGAUGAAAACAAACACUAACGAUGGCGGCGCCGGGAAGCGACCGGCUGCUGCGUUUAAGACAGGAGUGAUCGUUUGAACUGUAAGCGGAUCCUUGGGUUCGCGUCGACGUGAGUGGGACAAUUCGCGCAGUCCUGGGAGCGAAACACCAGGAUCUGUCAACCAGGAGCCUCCUGAGGCUUGAGGUAUCUAUCUGCGACCCGUGCUGUCACUGCAGCCCCGGAGCGCGGAGCCCUCAGGCAGGAGGCGCAGCUGGCCGGUCCCAGGCCCCAGCCUCCGUAAUGAGAGUCCCGAGUCACUCUCUGUGUCGCAACUUCGCAGGUGAGGGUGACUGUUGACUAGUGAAAAAAGGGACCCAAGGUUCACGACUAUUACUGGCCGUGGAAGGACCUCUGGAAAUCUGCGAUCCAUUCUCAUUAAAUAAAUCACUGGAUUCCUAUAGGCAAUGGAAACUGAUCUCAAUUCCCAGGACAGAAAGGACUUGGACAAGUUCAUUAAAUUUUUUGCCCUCAAGACUGUCCAAGUGAUCGUCCAGGCUCGACUUGGUGAGAAGAUUUGUACGCAUUCAUCUUCCUCCCCAACAGGUUCAGAUUGGUUCAAUUUGGCAAUCAAAGACAUCCCCGAGGUUACACAUGAAGCUAAGAAGGCACUGGCAGGGCAGCUCCCUGCUGUCGGGAGGUCUAUGUGUGUGGAGAUCUCUCUCAAGACUUCUGAGGGAGAUUCCAUGGAGCUAGAGAUUUGGUGUCUUGAAAUGAAUGAAAAGUGUGAUAAAGAAAUUAAAGUUUCCUACACGGUGUACAACAGACUGUCAUUGCUGCUGAAGUCCCUCCUUGCUAUAACUAGAGUGACCCCAGCCUAUAGACUCUCCAGAAAACAGGGGCACGAAUAUGUCAUAUUGUACAGGAUAUAUUUUGGGGAAGUUCAGCUAAACGGCUUAGGAGAAGGUUUCCAGACAGUUCGUGUUGGAACAGUGGGCACACCGGUGGGCACCAUCACUCUUUCUUGUGCUUACAGAAUUAACUUGGCAUUCAUGUCCACCAGGCAGUUUGAGAGGACCCCACCUAUCAUGGGCAUUAUCAUUGAUCAUUUUGUGGAUCGUCCCUACCCCAGCUCCUCACCCAUGCAUCCCUGCAAUUACAGAACUGCUGGUGAGGACACUGGAGUAACUUACCCUUCUGUGGAAGACUCUCAAGAAGUGUGUACCACCUCUUUUUCCACCUCUCCGCCAUCACAGUGUGUGUUUACUGUCACAAAGGCACAUUUUCAGACCCCUACUCCUGUGGUGACGGACACCCUGAGGGUCCCCAUGGCAGGACUGGCCUUUUCCCAUCAACUCUCAAGCUCUCGCCUUUCCUAUCAGCCUGCUGCCCUGGGCGUUGGAUCAGCUGACCUGGCUUAUCCAGUAGUGUUUGCUGCUGGCCUAAAUGCCACCCACCCUCACCAGCUAAUGGUUCCUGGGAAGGAAGGUGGGGUACCCCUUGCUCCCAACCAGCCUGCCCACGGUGCCCAGGCUGACCAAGAGAGACUGGCAACCUACACCCCUUCCGAUGGGGCCCAUUGUGCUGCCACACCUUCCAGCAGCGAGGACACGGAAACUGUAUCAAACAGCAGCGAGGGACGCGCCUCCCCCCAUGAUGUCUUGGAGACCAUCUUUGUCCGAAAAGUAGGGGCUUUUGUCAACAAACCCAUCAACCAGGUGACCCUGACCAGUUUGGAUGUACCGUUUGCCAUGUUCGCUCCCAAGAAUUUGGAGCUGGAGGAUGCAGAUCCCAUGGUGAAUCCACCCGACUCCCCAGAGACUGACUCUCCUCUCCAGGGGAGCCUGCACUCCAAUGGCUCCAGCAGGGGCAGCAAUGGCAGUUCUCAUGAUGAUUUCGUCAUGAUUGACUUGAAACCGGCUUUUUCUAAAGACGACAUUCUUCCAAUGGACUUGGGGACCUUCUAUCGUGAAUUUCAGAACCCUCCUCAACUGAGCAGUCUCUCGAUAGAUAUCGGCGCACAGUCCAUGGCUGAGGACUUGGACUCACUACCAGAGAAACUGGCUGUGCACGAGAAGAAUGUCCGAGAAUUUGAUGCCUUUGUAGAAACCCUGCAGUAAAGUUGGUGUCCUCCAGUACCAGCAGCAUCCCCUUUUUGUGAUCCCGGGAGACAGCCUCCCUCUCAUCAGCUGCUUCCAUCCCUCAUCCUGCUCCCAGCUGGGUGGAAGGGAGACUGGUUUCCCCCAUGGGGACCUAGAAGUCCCGCUCUUGCACCUCCUGGAGACUCCAUGACCGCAGCCAAGCCCAGUAGCACCUGAGAGAACUCACCCUCUGGCCUUGGAGACGGGAAGCCCCUUUGUAACAAAAGGGCCCUCAGCCAGGCCAUCUGCUUCCAGCGCCAUCAUCAGCUGCUCCACAUGGGCUGUCAUCGCUCGUCCUGCUGCCAGCCUCCUGGCCGGGUCUGCCUUACCACCGGCCCCUCUCUUGCCUGCCAUACCAUCAACCACGCGACAUUCCAGCUGGUGGCCAGAGGCACGGAGGCAGAAAGAGGAAGGAGACCAUGCUGGAAGGAGGAAGGAAGGCUCUCUGUGUCGUCUCCAACUUUAGCUCUGGUAUCUUCUUUCCUCUCUCUGCGCCUGUGUCUGCAUCUUUGGCAGUGUGACAGGCCUCCUGCCCUAGGUGACGAGAACUCCACAGUCGGCCGUUCCCACCUGUGAUGGUUGUCAGCCCGUCCCUUGACAGAGGGCCGUGCGGCCCUGGUGGCUGCCUGUGCUCAGCUCCUCAGCCACGCGCAGCAGAAUCCUGUGUUGUUGGGAGUCACAGCAUAUCUUCUUUUUCCUCUCUCCUCCUAUUGCUGCUCCUUGGUUCUAGAACAAGUAAAUAUUUAUUACUUUCAGAGAAAUCAGAUAUUUUAUAGAGAAAAUAUGUUUGAGGCUAGCUGUUUUUCAUUUGGGGAAGGUGGAGGGCCUCUUCCUGGGGCGGCGCCUCCUCCAGUGGAGGUUCGUCAGGUUCCGGGUUGCUGCUCUGAGGAGCUUCCUUCCCAUAUGUAUAAGGCGUUGUCCAAGAAUGGGCUGGCUGAGGGCAACAGAACCACCCAGGCCACUGCGUUUGAACUGACAACAGGCUUUACCUUGGACACCUAUAUAUUCUUGGUGAGAACCUUGAAUCUUCAGCUUCUGCCAAGUGAUCGACUCUGUUCUGGCAGCCCGGGAAGUCCUGGGUGCUAAAUGUGACGCCUCCCCAGAGUAGUGCACAGUGUCCCCCCCAACUCACCUGGAGAGGCCAGACUGGCUCCGCCUCUGGGGCACCUGUUCUGUUUCUCCAGGCUGGGUUAUGGGCUGUUUCCUUCUUCAGCCUGCACCCGCCACCACCGUCCCUCACUCCCAGCUCUGUCCCCUGCCCUGAGGUUUACUGGUCGGAUUGGUUCCUUAUUGAGAAACCAGAGCUGGGCCUACGCUGACUUAGUCUCCAGGUCUUGUACUUGAAUAAGUCAAGUGCCUAGCCUCCCCACCGAUCGUCAGCCCCUCUCCAGGGGACUACCUACAUGGUAGUCCUGCCAAGGCACAUGAGGCCCGCCUGCCCAUCUCUCCUGGCCCAUGGGGCACUCCUUGGCAGCAGCUGGUCUUGAGUAGAGCAGGCGGCCCCAGCUGCUUGUUAAUAAACUGCAUGUGACACUGUUCCCACCUACAAGGCUGACCCAGGGGCGGGAUCGGGCGCAGAUGCUGGCUCAGCCGCCUGUGCAUGCCUUCUGCUGUCACAAAGAAAUGUUCCCAGCAGUGGUGUCCAAAUGGCCUCCUCCUUCUAGUUUUGGGCCGGAGCAUACCCAUGGCCUGCAAAACCAAUCCAAACUUAGCCCCAAGGCCCCGGGUAGGUUGCUGAUCGACUGCCCCCCAAUCUCUCAGCCACUGCCCUCCUUCCAAGGCCUUGCAUGGAAAGGCUUGUUAGCCAUUGUCCAAAACAGUUCUCCUUGACCCCUACCUGUUGGCCCCUGCAGGCCGCAGCCUUUCUCAGGACCCCGCCAGUGAAAGGACAAGGGAGGCUGAGCCCUGACUUUGAGCUGAGCCUGGGAGGAGCAGAGCAACUGUCAAGGCCAGCCCUGCCCCUCAACCCUUACAAUAAAAGGUGUGAGGCCUAGACUGACUCCUGCAGCACCCCCGGACAGGGCUGGGGCCAGCCUUCUGUCUCCAGAUGGCAGAGUCCCCUGUCCUCCAGCCUACCUUGUUUGGAAAUAUUGAGCUAUACUUUACAAUGUAUUAAGAGAUUUCCAAUAAAUUUUUUCUGUACUUUACAGCUUUCUGUCCUGCAAGUUGUCUAAUACCCUGG